GUAUAUGAUGCUUCAAAUUUACCACUUUCACUGUCAGCUCUGUCAUGUGAAACGAGUAAUAUUGCAUUUUAGUUGACCCAUGUCUUCUGGGAUGGUAGAAGGGCGGAGAAUUCCCAAUUUCCAUGGGACCUGACACUAGCGGGAUAGGAUUCCCCGCUUAAACAGGUAACGGGGCUAAGAAACUAGAUUCGAGGUUUUCCGAUCAAAGAUUUUUAAAUUUUUGUUUUUGAACUAUCAAAAGAGAAACAUCCCACCAUGCAAAGAAAAGAAUUAACCAAAUUCAAAAGAUAAAUAAACCAGUGCAAAUGCAAUUUAUAGUUUUCAUUCACUGUCAGUACCAUUCCUGUAGUGAACAAAACAGCGACUGACAAAAAGUGCUGAUCAUCAUCUAUUGUCCACUAAUUACAACACAUAGUUACUGCCAGUGUAUCAUAUGAAAAAUUAAACAGAAGUUAGUAGGCGCAUAUAUUUCACAGGUUAAAAAAGCAUCGAAUCUGAAAAAAAUAAAAAAAAAUAAAUAAAUAGGUUGCUUGCCCGCUUCGUACCCACAUUAGGGGAAAUGGAGGUAGGUAUGGGAUGGGAAAAUCCCUCGCUAGGUGGGAUGGAAAAUUAAGACUUACUUUUAGAAAAAAGUCUUUAUCAGUAAAAGAAUUAUUUUUGAAAAUUAUGUUUGACAGAAAAAGUAACUAUCUAAACGAACACAAGAGCCUGUCAGUUCCUAAACCAGAAAUUUGGUCCCCCAAGAACACUUCCUAAAGUAACAAUCCAGCAUGUACAUAGCCAUGAUUUCUGUUUGUGUGUGUGGUCGCUGAUAAUUGUAUUCUACACUUUGCUCUUACAAGUGCAAAGAGGUCAUAAUGUGCUGCACAUGGAGAAAAAGUGUGUGAUUUAAUUUCUAAUCGAUCCAUAAAGUUCCAUUAGAGAUCGAGUAUUGAAGAAUGUUUCUUUCUAUUUGAGAGUGACCUCAAACUUUUUAGUCAAAUUACAAGAGUUGGGUGUCCCUGGGGGCAUUUUAAGGAGUCCCCGGUAAAAUGUUUUUUUUUUUUUCUUUUUCUUUUUUCCCCCUACAAACACGAAAAGAACAAGGAAAAAAAGGCAUAUAUGAUGCAUCCUACAACCGUUCAAAGAAAGAAUCACGGUCCCUUUUUCUAGAAAAUCCAAAAAUUGGCACCGAUAAUCGGUUUCGCUGGAAAAAUAGUAAGUUGUAUAUAAAUAAUGUAAUUUACUAAUGAAUUUAUCAAGAAAUCGACGGAUGUAAUUUGAAAACAAAUUAGACACAAUUAAAUAAGAAAAAGCUGUCUUUUUGGGAAGUCAUGUAGAACAUUGUCCCAAGUCAUGUUAGCCUCCAUGAAAGUAUUACCGGGUCAACUUGGUCCUUCCAUGUGCACGACCACAUAGAAAAGUCGAAAUAGCUUUCUUCUUGUUGUCCAAAACAAAUAUGAAUUAUGAUGUAUAUAUGGUUUGUAUAUUCAUAUAUAUUUUCUAGUGUAUGGUAUAGUAUAUACAUAUAAUCAUAUUGUCCUCAAAUUCACAAGUGUAUUGAAAUUGUUAACCUCAUUUUUGUGGUGGUUAUGUGGACAAUGGAUGACGAGUCCACUUGCGUCCAUGCAAGAAAAUCCAGCACAUUUGACUGGAGAUUUGGUCAGAGGAGUUUAUUGUAUAUGGACGUCGAAGAUAUUUUAUAACGCAAGACAAAAAUGUUCAGACACAGGCAAAUGUUUAGAAGCUAUUGCAUAAUAAUAAUUAAUUACCAACAACUAAACUAAAUCAAGAUUAUCUAAACUCCAACAAAUAAGAGUAUGAAAUUAGAAAGAGAGGACAAAUAGUAGCUUUUUGUGUAAAGAGUUGCAUUAAGAAUAAAUAUUACAAGAGUUUCUUAUUCAUAGGGUUUCAACCGAGAUGGUUACCGUUGGAUUGGAGCCACAUGACUUCAUCUCCCAAGCCGAAGUCAUGUCACUCAGUCUACUACUCAUUUAAUAAAUUGAUAACGGGUUAGUCGUCGUUCAUUCUAGGCUAACAAUUCUAUAACAUUCAGUAUUAUAAAUGUUAUAUUAAUCAUUCCUGAAGAUUGCCUACAAAUCCUUUAAAGGACAGCAGGGGGUUUCAACCAAAGGAAGAUUUGGAUGGAGAGAUGACUUGGGCUAAUUGAGAGGAAAUUUCGGCCAACGAGUGUGAGGAGCUUCAGGAAGGCAAGGGAGUGUCAGCUCCUUUUUGACGUGUUGUCCGACUGAAUGUUGAACUUAUGCUCGACGUGGUCUUCGACUGGAAUCUCGGCGUGGCGAGGUGUAACAGAAAUCUAACUUUAUAUUAGUAUUUAAGAUCUUGCAGCUCAAAAUUAUUUUAAAUUAAAACUGAAUUUUAAUUAAGGCAAUUAAAAUAUCACAUAGAAAAAUAAUCACUUAUUGAGAAUAAUUCAGCAGCAACGAACAACUUGUUCUGUGUUAACUAAUCCUCUUUAUCUUUGUUCUCAAGCAAAAGUGCAUUUACACAUGUGCAACUGCUUCCUCUUUUUCUUAAUUACAGGAAAACAUUCUUCUGAAUUCUUUUAAGGAAAGUAAGAAAUAUUUUGGUUAAGUUUAGGUCGAUAAAUGUUAUUACAAAUUCAGUUGCUGACAGUCAUUCUCAUGACUUUUAGGUUCAAGAAGAUUGUAAUACAAGACAUUUUCAAAGUGGAAAUAGUUGUUAUAUAUCUGUAUUUCCAUCUCCCUAUGCCCAAAUCCCUGUAAAAUUCAUUUUUUAGCACAACAAUGUCCCUCAAUACGUCAAUUUGGUUAGUUAUUUUCCUUCAUAUUUAUUCAGUCUUCGCUUCUGAUUCAGAUUCAGUUCAAGACUUCUGCAUACCAAGAUCCGAGUUUUUAUCCAUUUUUGUCUCCUGCAAGAAUUCAUCCUUGGUAACCGUUGAAGAUUUCGUGUUUUCUGGCAUAAAAAGCCCUGGAGAAUUCAGUAAAGCUGGAUUUGCAUCCAUUCCAGUUAGUGUGAGCGUCUUUCCUGGUUUGAACACAUUAGGCAUGUCGUUUGUACGCGCUGACUUUGAGCCAGGGAGCAUUAACGUUCCACAUUAUCAUCCCCGAGCAACUGAGACUGCUUUCGUGGUGGAAGGAAAGAUUUAUUCGGGAUUUGUUGAUUCAAGAAACCGAGUUUUUGCAAAAGUGAUCGAGAAAGGGGAGGUAAUGGUGUUUCCGAAAGGCCUAGUACACUUUCAGAUGAAUAUUGGAGACUCACGGGCUACGAUUCUUGGGAGUUUUAAUAGUCAAAAUCCAGGUUUGCUGAAAAUCCCAUCUGCCGUUUUUGGAUCAGAAAUUGAAGAAGAGGUCUUGAUCAAGGCUUUUGGAUUGAACAGUAAGGAAUUGGCUAAGUUGAAGAAGAAGUUUCUCCCUAUUAGCUGAGGUAGAGUAAAGGGUCGCUUAAUUCUUAUCAUAUCUUAACCCCAACCGCUUUUUCAUAAUGGAAUACAAGAAGUAGUGAAUGGAGAAGAAGAAGGAUUGUAGAAGACGAAUAGUCCCUCCUAGAAUUAUUUCUUUGGUUUGUUCUGUUCAUGAUCUAGGGUUUUUUAUUUAUUUUAUUUAUAAUUAUUAUUUUUUAAUAGUAGGAAGUUUUGCUUCAAGCAUGUUAUUCAUUUCUCCUUUAUUUGGUGUUUCUGAUCAAGGGACUGAGAAAUUAUCGCAUCUUCUGUUUUCAGAUUGCAAAUAUGGUUCCUGUCCUUUGCCUAAAGCGAAAUCAUUUAAACAAA